GGUACUGCAAGCACCUGAUCUAACCUCACUUUGUCUGACAGUUCAGCGAGCUUGUUUACAAGGUGUUAGAAUUUUUAACGAGCGGCGAAAAUUAAAUUUACGUUUUCCAUCCCGAAACCAUUAUGGUACGGAAAUAUCAAUUAUAUUCAGCUCUACUAGUACAAAACUAAUCGUCUAAUUACCGUUUUACUGAAAUUACAUCGAAAAACAGUUUUGCCGGAUCUCCGCCAGAGACUAAGUCCAUGUAAACAAGCUCGCUGAACUGUCAGUGCACGGCUUCGUGACGUCAUCUUGCAGUAUCCUAUUUGAAAAAAAAAAAUGUUAUUGUUCUUCCAGCCUCGGAGGACUCUCGGAGACCUUUAAUUUUUCAGUGAAAAUCUUAAAAUUUACUGAAAAAACUAAGAUAGCUUUCCAAAAACCGCAACAAUGACCGAAAUAAGUCGCUCCUUCAAGAUUCAAAAGUCCUCGGAUGAGCGGUCUUGCCCCUCAGAGGACAACAAGCGGCGCAUCCGGAAGAUGAUUGAGGUGACCAGUUCGACGCGCUAUAUGACGUUCGUCGAGGGCGACGAUGUACCAAACGACGGAAUGGCUUUGGUACCUAGACGGCGCCCGGUCAAUCACAAUUUCUCCACCACUAUGGUCGUGAUCGAUUCCAGCCUGGGAAAUCUUCAAGACGCCGUCGGCGGCGAAAGGGUACGGUUCGGGUCCAGGUGCCGGAAGAUGGCUCAGCAGUAUGUGGAGCGCAUUCAGGAGAUGAACGGCAAGAUGGAGAAAUGUGCCAAGAUGAUGGUGAAGUACAGGAAGAUGGAUGGCCAGUUGAAGGACCAAAAGCGGAACACGGUUAAGGAGCUUCAGGGCGUCCUGAAGAACAGUCAGAAGAAGCGCGAGGAACGGGAGAAGAUACUCUCGGGGCUCCUGAAGAAGAUGGCUUAAGGAGGACAUACUGCGAGUCUGCUGCCAUUAGGUAAAUAAGAUUUUCUCUUCGAACGCA